AUGCUUGAUAUGAGUUACCAACAACAACUAAACGCAAGUGACUUAAAAGUUAAAUUGCUUUCUAAUGACGCUACCGCACCAACGAGGGGCUCAGCGUCCGCAGCUGGUUACGAUAUCUUUGCUUCGAAAGAAACAACAAUUCCAGCUAGAGGCAGGGCAUUAGUCGCUACAGAUAUUUCUUUUACUGUUCCAGUUGGAACGUAUGGAAGGAUAGCACCAAGAUCUGGAUUGGCUGUGAAGCAUGGAAUAGACACCGGUGCUGGUGUAAUCGAUAGAGACUACACUGGUGAAGUUAAGAUUGCACUCUUCAACCAUACAGAUGAAGAAUUUAAAAUCCAGAAGGGAGAUCGGGUUGCUCAACUGAUCUUAGAAAGGAUUGUUGACGAUGCUAAAGUGGUUGUCGUUGAAUCACUCGAGGAAACUACCAGAGGUGAAGGUGGAUUUGGCUCUACUGGGAAAUAA